AUGUCACCGCAUCCCGAACACAGUGCUCCGGCAUCUGCCGACCCUCCGGCUGCCGACGCCGAACAAAAGUCCGACUCGAGCGCCCCGGCUUCUCCUCCUCCCGCUCCCGUCCCCUCAGCCGACCCAAGGCUCUUCCGACAAAUAACACAACAACAUACGGGCGGCUCCGAAGAAGACGUUGACGACAUCUACAAAGUCUCCCCCCUAGCCGCCCUCAAGCUCCUCAGCGCCGGCAUCGAGACCCUCGUUUCCCUGACAGGCGACAUCCCGCCCACUCCGCCGCCACGAUCCCCAACCCUGCCUCACAUGCGCGGUAUGGAAGCCGAGAAACAAAGCAUCGUACGGUCCAAUUCCGAGAAGAACCUCGCCAGGCUUUUGCAGCAAAAGAGCGCGAGCAAUUCCCCACGGAGACCGUUCAGCCCGGCGCCGCAAAGGCAUCCCCACCCACCUCCUUCGAGAGAGGGACACAAGAAAUCCGAAUCAAUAGACGGCGUCCACAUCCGCACCUCUAACCCAACCCCACCGCCCAGUUUCUCGUCAGACGACCCAAAGCCGACCCUCGAACCCUACAUCAUCGUCGGCGAAAACUCGCAACCGCUCAACACCCAGCACUCGGCCAUAACCCGCAAGUUCUACUCGCGCCUGCCUCCCCCGAUCUCCAUCACCGACUACCUCCUGCGCAUCCACCAAUACUGCCCCAUGUCCACGGCCGUCUACCUCGCCGCGUCUCUGUACAUCCACCGCCUGGCCAUCAUCGAGCGCGCCAUCGUCGUCACCAAGCGCAAUGCCCAUCGCCUACUUCUGGCAGGCAUCAGAGUGGCCAUGAAGGCUUUGGAAGAUCUGAGCUAUCCCCAUACCAAGUUCGCAAAGGUCGGCGGAGUCAGCGAGACGGAGCUGGCGAGGCUGGAGAUCAGCUUCUGCUUCUUGGUCGGGUUCGAACUGAGGGUGGACGAGGAGGCGUUGAGGGGGCAAUGGGAAAUGCUGAAAUCCGGUGUCGAGGCAUGGGAGGGCGUUGAGCAUGACCUUUAUGGAAAACGAGACGUCAUUACGUUGAGGAAUCCGCCGCCGGGGAGGGAGGGGAGACAGGCAGAAGCGGCUGCAGAGGCGUGA